GCGGCCGCGCGAACACCCGCCUGUCCGCGACACUGUACAAGCACGGCCUGCCCGCCUCGCCGCCGCAGGCCCGCAGGCAGCCACCCCGUUUCCGCCGUUUAGUGAACCGCGUCGCUCGCGUCGCUUAUCCGGGAGAAGGUGCCACCGGCCAGAUAGCCAUCGACAACAACGACAAGCACGCCGGGCCAUCCCAGCAGCAACAACAACAACAACGACUUGAAGUUGAACGUGAACGCGACGGCGGACGAACACUGCGACAGAGUGUCCAUUGUGGGAAAGGAGAAACCCAACUCGAAGUCGCGGUCCGAUCGCCACAAACCGCCUCGCCGUCGUCUUCGUCGUCCGCCCCAGCUUUGGGCCUUCCAACGCGCAGGAGAGCGCGCUAGAGGCCGUUGGAAGUGUCUCGCGAGAAUGCUGCAGUGAUCCAGUUCCGCGGAAAGUCACCAACGCAGAAAGAACUCGGAAUUUUUUCAAGAUGGGACGUUAUACUGGUAAAAAAUGCCGCCUCAUCUCAAUGUUUUGGUUGACUACAUUCUUUUUCUUAGUCGAAAUAGUUGUUGGUUAUGUCACCAAUUCUAUGGCCUUGGUGGCGGACAGUUUUCACAUGUUAAGCGAUGUGGCUGCCUUAGUGGUGGCCUUCCUCUCAGUUAAGAUGUCACCAAAGAAAUGGUCCAAAAAUACCUUUGGAUGGGCAAGAGCGGAAGUUUUGGGUGCUUUAGUGAAUGCAGUUUUUCUGGUAGCUCUUUGUUUUUCCAUCACUGUUGAAGCUUGCAAAAGAUUCAUUGAGGUGGAGGAAAUUCACGAACCCAGACUUAUUGUGGUUGUUGGUGUCUUGGGUCUUCUUGUGAACCUCAUUGGACUGUGUUUAUUCCAUGAACAUGGACAUGGUGGGCAUGGUCACUCACAUGGUGGCAUUUCUCAUGGUGGUAUUGGACGCAGUCACACCCGGCUGACCCAGCUUGUCUCCACUGAUGACAAUGAAAAUGAUGAAACUUUUAACCCGCCUCUUGGACCGGCUUUGGCAGCUGCAAUCAGUAACAAUAAGGGGCACAGUGAUCAACCUUCAGAACCAUCUGCAUCUCAGAUGAACAUGAGAGGCGUUUUCCUUCAUGUAAUGGCUGAUGCCCUUGGCUCUGUCAUUGUUAUUGUAUCUGCUUCGGUGGUCUGGCUUACUGACUGGGAGUACAAGCUGUACAUGGACCCUGCCCUCAGCAUCGUCAUGGUGAUCUUGAUUUUGCGAGCGGUGUGGCCAUUGCUGCAAGAAUCUGCCCUCAUCCUUCUGCAGACUGUGCCAACACACAUCCAAGUUGAUGCUAUACAGCGGAGACUGUUAGACAAAGUUGAUGGUGUUCUAGCUGUACAUGAGUUCCAUGUGUGGCAGCUUGCUGGCGAUAGAAUUAUUGCCUCAGCUCACAUCAGAGUUCGCAACUUGUCCGAGUACAUGAAAAUAGCUGAGAAAGUCAAGGAAUUUUUCCAUAAUGAGGGAAUUCAUUCAACAACCAUCCAACCAGAGUUCAUUGAAAUUGGUGAUUUUGCGGAGGACACUGUGCAGCCUGGACCCACUGAAGAUUGUGUGCUGGACUGCCCCAAGACGGACAAGCCCUGCGCUUUGUCCACAUGCUGUGGACCCUCAAAGCAUGGUUCACCUAGACUUCACCCACAGACAGGGGGACGAGACUCGCCAUCCCCUGGAGACACUCCCUACCUGUGUCGCCAGCGCAACAACUCAUCGACAAACUUCAACAACCGUGGGGAGGAAGUGAACCAGAUGGAGAGAGGCGCGCUGCUGAUCCACAUGCCCAGAGGCAUGGCGCCCACAGUGUCAGCAGAGAGCACAGGGACGUUGAGUUCGGCUCCCCCUCCUUUCCCAGGCACUCCUCCAGCGCAGUUCUCUCAAACUCCGAAUGGAUCUUGCAAAUGUCCAUCCAAUCCUCCAUCACCAGUCAUUGUUAAAGACGAAGUUAAAAUUGAUACUGUAGUUGUUUGACUUUCUGAGGCUCUCUGAUACACCUUGAAUUGUGAGGUGAGCCUCUGCCAUUUUAUUUGGCCCCAGAUUUUAAUGGUGGCUUGAUAUUUGUCCGUCUUUUUUUUACCUUGUUGACAAAUGUCCAUAUUUACUCUCAAAGAUGAAACAUACAUGUGGGCUGUGUAUGAGGUCAGGCUUCAUGAUUGUGUGAAACAUCCUUUUUGAUGGUGUUUGAAUUGUAUAUUUACUGUUACUUAUCUGAAUCUCUCUAGUCCUAUGUAAUGUAUUUAAAAGAUCAUACCUUUUGAGGACAAGAGAUGAGUUAGACAAUGUAAUCAUUGUACUUUUAAAAUGACGUAAAGACUGACUGUGGAAGGUAUCUAAGCACUAUGUCCAUGAAGAUUGUAGCAUAAAUUAGAGCAAAGUCAUAUGAUCAAGUUAAUGAGAACACAAGUUUGUGGUAUUUUGUACUACUGUGUGUUGAUACUUUUAUACUUCUGUUCUGUCCUUCAAUGGAAGGAAAUCACCCACCUUUUAACACAAGUAACAUUAAGGGUAGUGUUGCUGGAGUUCAUCUAAUGUGUUUUAACAGUGCUGAAAGUUUCAGCAAAUCUGAAUUGCUUCAUUUCGUUCAUGUAGCUUUCUAGUUUGUAUAUGUGUAUGCAAAACCCUCCUCCUGUGAUACUGUGUGGUUAUGUCUCAUCAAUGAGUGCUUGAGGUAUCGCAUUCAGAUAUGGAGUACUGCCAAUGGUCGCUGAUGAUCACUGGUGUCAGUGUGUGUCUUUGUGCGUGUUAGUGUGUGCGCGUGUUUGUAUGUUCAUACAUGUACAGUAUACAUUUAUUUUAUGUGUGUGUGUGUGUGCGAGAGUUCUGUGCUCAAAUUUGUGUGUUAUGAAAUGUUACAAACAUUAAUUUAAAGAAAAGAUUUUUUACUUGUAGUUAAUGAACCAAAUCUACUGUUACAAGAUUCUUACAUGUAGCAUUUUUUUUAUUGUAAAUAAGAAACCAGCAAAUUUAUAUCUUUGUUUUGUUAAUUUAACAUAUAGUACGAUAAAAUGAAAGUUACGACUUUUCUCCAGAUUUUUGUUCUUUUUUCUAUUCUUUGGUGUGCUAGCAUCUAUCAUGGUUGGUUUUUCUGUGUUCUUUCCCCCUUUUUGUUGUUUUUAUUUUAUUUUAUAAUUUUGUUUUCAAAUCUCCACCAACUAUAACUGAUGACUGCUGGCUCACCACCUAUUGUGACUCAUUUGUGUUUUCUUCUUUUUUUGUGUGUGAUCGAACAAGAUAAUUUUGUCUGGUUUAACAUAUUUAUUGAUUGAGCUUUAGCUUUAAGGUCAGUCAGUCCAUGGCCAACUAUUGACUUAUUUGUUUUGACUUGGCUGCCAUGUAUUAUUCCCCCUUUUUACAAAUUGUUUCAUGUUAAAUAUCUUCAUUUUUUCUUAAUUUUAAGAAACCAUGUUUUCUGUGGAAACAUGCUAUUACUGUUUGUUUCACAUUUUAAUGUGAAGAUCUUCAGAGAAAUAUAUAAAUUUAAGAUAUAUAUUGAUAGAUAGAUCCUUAUAUAAAUACGCCUGUAUGUUAAAAAAUUCUAUUCAUCUUAUGUAGUGCUAAAACAUUUGUUUGAGGUUUUUGUCCGUUCUUAUUGCUUUUGAUAACUUUGCUUACAAAGCUCAAGAUUUUGUUUUAAUCAUAUGAUUAAACGUUGAAAAUUGUUUUAACUUGAUCAGGCUCAAUGUGCAUUUCUGCUGUUCACAAAAGAAGGUUAUGUGGAAAGUGUAUGUGGCCUUUCUUUGAAAUUUUAGCAAAAUUCAUUUAAUUUAUGUUUAUAGAAUGUGUCUGAUUUCAUCUUUGUAAUUCCUCCUGUUAUCUCUGUGACUGAAUCUUGACCUCCCCCUUAUGCAGUGAGUCAUUUCUGGCUUUUAAACGGUGCCACUGUACUGGCCUACUUGGUGUACUUGCAGUAUUUUGUGAUUCACUGUGAGUUUAGAUCAGUGGAAAAACAAACAUAUAAGACUUUACUGGUUCAGAGAUAUGUCUAUCUCACAUGUUCUUCCUCUAUUUUAUAUCAAAGUAGACGGUGGUCUUUUUGCCUUCCCUUACCAAGUUCAAAUUUUUUCCAUGAGCGCCAAAAAGGUAAAAUGUAAUUUUAAAACAUAUCCCUAAAAAUUUUUACUGCCAUAGUUCUGAGGACUUGAUUUUAAGAAACUUGAUGUGUGCAGCUAAAUUUAUAAUUUCUCUUAUUCUUGCUGCUUGGCCAACGCCUAAUUAAAAUUGGGGUUUGGCUCGUAUGAUUGGUAGGCUUGCAUUGUUACAUCUGACGCCUUCAGAGCAGUGCCCUAGACAUGCUCUCAAGGAACAUGAUGGACUUACAGUAUCCAAUGCACAACUCUCUGUUGUGGCUUUGGCACUGAACAUCGUGGUAACCAUUUCUGUUUGUGACACCACAAGGCUAGAGCAUACAAUUUUAUGCCUUGUGUCUCACAUCUCUCACUGAACUCAAACCAAUGCCUCCACUGACAAAUAAGUUCCUUGAUAAUGAGACCUAUGUAUUAUCUAUAAGAUAAUGGGUAAAUAAAGAAACACCAAUGUAA